AUGGCAGCUCUGUUGGCCCUGUUGCACGUUCCCUUGCUCUAUCGUGCCAGCUCGUUCGCGUUUCCCUCUGUCUCUCUCCUGUCACCAUUUUGCGUCGUCUCCACUCGCCCUCAUCACAUUCACAUCCACCAACAAUUAUCACUUACGCCCGAGAUCACUAACUUUCAACCCCGCACGUUCACUUUUUGCCAUUCGACUCAGCAGCACAGCAAUGGAACGGCGACGCCGCCCGUGACGCCGCCCGAGAGACCGACAAUGCUGCCUGGAACGGUGGACGAAGCCCUUCACCAAGGGGCGCUGCCACUCCUCCCCGCCGUGAACCAACCGGUAUGUCUCGCCCCUUCUGAUCUCAAGGCCCUCCGCACAUCUGCUGACGCUUUCCCAUCACCAUCUUCUGGUCAUUGUCAUUUCCGCAUUGCCUACAGUGGAGGCCGCGAUGCUGGUGACAACAACCCAGGCAACAACCUUCACGUCUCUGGUCUCAGCAACCGCACCACCGACCGUGACCUCGAGGAUGCGUUUGGCAAGUACGGAGCUGUAUGUAUCCUCCCAGAACUUUUUCGCCAUCACUCGCUAAGAUACCUGCGCAGACCGCUGACUCUUCUCUACCUGUUCACAUCGCUUCAUCACUCGCCUACACAGAUCGAGAGGGCUCAGGUGAUGUACGACCCACACUCUCGCGAGCCAAGAGGUUUCGCUUUCGUCACUUUUGUCAAAGCUGAGGACGCAGAAGCUGCCAUUACGGCCAUGAACGGUACUGAAUUCCUUGGGCGCAAGAUUACCGUCGACAAGGCUCGACGUGGACGUGCUCGCACUCCCACUCCCGGUCGCUACUUUGGUCCUCCCAAGAAGGGUCGUGAAGGUGGACCUCCCGGCCACUACGGUGGAGGUGGAUACGGGCGUGGCCCUCCUCGCGGUGGAUACGGCGAUGACCGAUACGGUGGCAUGCCCCCUCGUGGAGGCGGUUACCCUCCCGCAUACCCCCCUCGCGACCCAUAUGACCGAUACGGACCCCCUCCUGGCGGUCGUCCCUUCUCUCCGCCUCCCAUGCGUGGUGACCCUUACGACCGCUACGGUCGCGGCCCACCCCCAAUGCGUGGAGACUACCCUCCUCGCGGUGACCGCGACUAUCUCCCUCCACCUCCCCGUGGCGGUCCAGGCAUGGACUAUCCUCCUCGCGACUUCCCUCCUCGCGGCCCUCCAGGUGACUACCCUCCUCCUCGUGGCUACCGCGAUCUCUCGCCACCUCCUCCCCGUGGUGGUCGAUACGAUGACCUGCCUCCUCCCCCUCCUCGUGCCGGUGGUCCAGGCGGAAGAUACCCCGACGCACCAUCUCGUCCUCGUUACGACGACGCUGGUCCUCCCCCUCGUCGUUACUAG